GUCACAAAACCGGAAGUGUGACCGCUUACCAAAGAUCAAAGUUUUAAUCAUCGUCUACUUCUGCAUGUAAAUGAAAUCAACUUCGUCAUGGAAUGAGAAAUAGAGACGUGUCAUUUCUUUUUGAUUAUUUAUUAACAACUUGGAUUGUUAAAGGGUAUUUAUAGAAUUAGUUGAAUAGCGAACAGGAGACCGAGGGGGCGUUUCCACAACACACCUGAGCACAGUAUCGGACCAUAGGAUAUACGAUAUCACAGUUUCGAUGGAUGUUAAUAUGUAGUAAUAUCAUCGUUGUAACAAAUCAAAACGUGUGGACAUGAAUUACGUCAAACUUAUGGAUUUCUGUUGGACCUGAAACUGAAGGGAAGCGAUCUUCGAAACAAUGAAUGACUGGAACUCUUCAGCUCCUCCUAACAGCAGACCCGGAAGUGGAGGUGGUAGUGUCGGCGCAGGCGCUGGAAAGGCCAAACAGAUAAAGUUGGUGCUGCUUGGUGAUUCAGGCGUUGGGAAGUCCAGCAUAGCUCUGAGAUUUGUACGGGGAGAGUUCAACGAGAACGGCGAGACAACAAUCGGGGCCGCGUACCUGACAAAGACCAUCAACUGUCAGGGAUGCCCAAUAAAGUUCGAUAUCUGGGACACUGCUGGCCAGGAGAGGUAUCACAGCCUCGCUCCCAUGUACUACAGGGGCGCCCCCGCAGCCGUCGUCGUGUAUGACGUCACGAAUGUAAAUUCCUAUAACAAAGCCACAGUAUGGGUUAAGGAGCUGAUGCAGCAAGCCAACGCCAUGAUGGUGAUUGUUCUGGCUGGUAACAAAGCUGAUAUGGUCACUGAUACAAGAUGUAACAAUGAGGAGGCGCGGAAAUUUGCGGCCGAAAACAAACUUCUAUUUGCCGAAACGUCUGCAAAAACGGGAAUGAAUGUGGAUGAUAUAUUUUUUCAAAUAGGAAAUGUUAUAGCGAGACAACAGUCCCCGGGGGUGAACGAUCGGGAGGGGCGUGGUAAUGUAAAACUAACCAAGGAAGAGCCAAAAGGGAGGAUUUGUUGUGGUGAGUCAGCAUAUAACCUGUUUAUCUCCGUGUGUAUAUCUCUACAGCGUAUAUCAAUACUGAAAAAGCAGGCUAUUUGCUCGUUGACAACUGCCAAGAAACGUCCGCUUUUAUUUCUGAAUACUUCCCGGAUCAUGGACAACGGUAUCACCAAUGGGAAUCCCCCGUUCUCUGGGUUGUCGUACGAUUAUCAUGAGGUGAUGAAGAUUAAGGUUGUCACCGUCGGGGACAUGAGUGUGGGUAAAACGUCACUAGCUGUCAGAUACGCUAAACACGAGUUUAUGGAAACUUACAAUGAAACUAUUGGAGCAAGCUUUUACGUCCGGACGAUCGAAGUGUCUGGGAAAACCUUUCUGUUCCAGAUUUGGGACACUGCAGGGCAGGAGAGGUUUAGAAGUUUGGUUCCAAUGUACCUUCGGGAUGCCAAAGUCGCCAUCCUUGUUUAUGACGUAACUAGUAGGGAAUCCUUUGACAGCGUAAGUAACUGGUUAAAGGACUUACUGAACAGUAGUCCUACAACUGUAAAGAUCGCGUUGGUCGGUAACAAGAUGGACCUAUCAGAUCAGAGGGAAGUGUCCAUUGAGACUGGGAAAUAUUUUGCAUCGCAAAAAAACUUGGCUUUUGUUGAAACUUCGGCAAAAACAGGUGAAAACGUGGACAGGCUUUUUACUAUGUUAGCUGAAAUGAUGUUGGUGGACGCAGACACUCUAGGUAGGCAGACAUCAUCUGAUUCAUCCAUAUCGUCACCUGUUAUCGACGUCAGAAACGUGAGGUUCCCAAACAAAACUCGAAAGAGGUGUUGCAAAUCAUGAUGCUAACAUAAGACAUAGAUAUAGGUCCUUGGGUAUAGGUCCAUGGCAGUGAGAAGGAUUAAGUCUCUGGAUUACGACUACUCUUGACUUGUUUUUGUGUGCACGGGAAUCCGGUGUAUAUAUUACAUUAACCGGUACCCAAGUUUGUCAUCUGAUAACGUCCAUAUACUGGGUACGUCACAGACAAAUAUUUCUGGUCAUAUCAGGUCAUGUAAUUUCCGAUAAUUCAGACGAACGCCAUGAAAUGUAGCUUGUCUUUACGCAGAGGCACUUUGUAUUCUCGUUUGUCCAUAAUAUGAUAAAGUCGACUGUUGUUGACAAACUGUGCUGCUCAAACUGGGUCUUGUAAUGCAGAUACAUUAUGUCACAUUUUAAAAUAUUCUUUGAUGUUGGAGGAAACUAUCCCUACAUUGGGAAAAAGACGUGAUUGUACGAAAAAGUCAUAUCGUGUUGAGUCGUAAAUAGUAUGAUGUAUAUAAGAAGUGCGUUCUAACUUAUUCAAAGCAUUACAUUUCGCGUUUCCUACACAUUGUCAUAGUAAGAUUAAGAAAACAAAAGUAUAACCAUGCUACAAGUCAUAUAUACUGUAUAGUUGUUAGAUUUUGUGGGGCCGAUAUAUCGAGUCCCAUUUAGACCUUAUUCGCAUUCUUGCCAUUCCGCAAUGAAUAGUUCUAUACAUUGAUUGUUUAUCUUUAUAUUCAUUGCGUAUUUAUUUUCUUGCUUUAAUUGAUGAUCAUGUAUAUAACGAAAUUAAAUUCUCCGCGAAUUGUACCAAUUUUACAGUGAUAUAUAUGUAUAUAAAUAACUGAUAAUUGAUUCUAUGAUGCACUGAAAACUCAUUAACAUAAUGUCUGUAGGUUGUAAUUUACUUCCUACUUAUUUAAGGUUAAUGUUCUGAAGAAGUAAUUCAAACAGCGUGGAAAACAUGUGUAAAUGCGCAAGCUUUCAAGAGCAAUGUUGUUUAAGUUAUAGCGUACUGUAAAGAAUAUUUCAAAUGUUGCGUAUAUGUUGUAACUGCAUACGAUUUUAUUCGUCACAUUUAAGCAAUGAACAGUGGUUUUAAUGUUGUUAUAGUCGAUAUGGCAGCAAGAUGUAUAGUGGGCAAAUGGCGUGGGAACCCGUUAGGGCUCACACUCAUGGCAAAUGGCAUGGGAACCCGUUAGGGCUCACACUCAUGGCAAAUGGCAUGGGAACCCGUUAGGGCUCACACUCAUGGCAAAUGGCAUGGGAACCCGUUAGGGCUCACACUCAUGGCAAAUGGCAUGGGAACCCGUUAGGGCUCACACUCAUGGCAAAUGGCAUGGGAACCCGUUAGGGCUCACACUCAUGGCAAAUGACAUGGGAACCCGUUAGGGCUCACACUCAUGGCAAAUGGCAUGAGAACCCAUUAGGGCUCACACUCAUGGCAAAUGGCAUGGGAACCCGUUAGGGCUCACACUCAUGGCAAAUGACACGGGAACCCGUUAGGGCUCACACUCAUGGCAAAUGACAUGGGAACCCGUUAGGGCUCACACUCAUGGCAAAUGACAUGGGAACCCGUUAGGGCUCACACUCAUGGCAAAUGGCAUGGGAACCCGUUAGGGCUCACACUCAUGGCAAAUGGCAUGGGAACCCGUUAGGCUCACACUCAUGGCAAAUGACAUGGGAACCCGUUAGGGCUCACACUCAUGGCAAAUGGCAUGGGAACCCGUUAGGGCUCACACUCAUGGCAAAUGACAUGGGAACCCGUUAGGGCUCACACUCAUGGCAAAUGACAUGGGAACCCGUUAGGGCUCACACUCAUGGCAAAUGGCAUGGGAACCCGUUAGUGCACACACUC